AUGCGGAUUAUCAAUCGCAAGACGGAGAAUGGCGAGUUGGAUGAUGAGGAAUUGUUGUAUGUGGUGAUGGGGGUUUUGGUUUGUUCAUUAAUUACAGAAGUUCUGGGAACACAUUCCAUUGUCGGGGCUUUUGUGUACGGACUGAUUUUACCUCAUGGGAGGUUCGCUGACCAUCUGAUUUCGAUUUCAGAUGAUUUUGCUGGUGGAUUUUUUGUGCCUCUCUACUUCAAUGGAAGCGGAAUGAGACUUUUGUUCCAAUCCAUGUUCCUCCAAGUGCAUUGGCCUUUUACAGGGUUGAUUGUGCUCUUGUUGUGUACCCUCAAGAUUGUAAGCACUUUGUUUACAACUUUCUUCUUUGGCAUGCGCUUUCAAGAUGGUUUGUCCUUAGGCUUGAUUCUCAAUUCCAAAGGUGCUAUAGGAUUGAUCAUGCUCGCCAUGGCUUGGGACAGACAGAUUUUUAUGAUACCGACCUAUUCUGUGGCUACUUCAGCUGUUAUUCUAAUGACCAUGGUAGUUGCGCCCAUCAUCAACAUCAUCUACAAGCCAAGAAAGAGAUUUGAGCAGAACAAACUAAAGACCAUACAAAAGCUAAGAGUUGAUGCAGAGCUUCGAAUCCUAGCAUGUGUCCACAACAAUCGCCAUGCAACAGGAAUGAUAAGCCUCAUCGAAUCCUUCAAUGCCACGAGACUCUCCCCGAUGCACGUCUUCGCUCUUUUCCUCGUUGAACUUACCGGACGUGGAGCUGCCCUUGUUGCCGCCCACAUGGCGCAACCUAUCAGCCAGGUCGGAGAACAAAACCUGACCAAAUCUCAAGCAGAGUUUGAAAGCGUCAAUCACACCUUCCAAUCAUUAGCUGAGGCCUACGAUGCUGUGAGAGUCCAAACCCUGAACGUGGUGUCAGCCUACGCAACCAUUCACGAAGACAUAUACAAUGCGGCCAAUGAGAAACGUACGAGCUUAAUUCUCCUUCCGUUCCACAAACACUUAACCUCAGAAGCGUCGCUUGAAACCACAAGUGUCGCGUACAAAGACAUAAAUCAAAACGUGAUACAAGGUGCGCCUUGUUCCGUUGGAAUCUUCGUGGAUCGGGACUUCGGGUUGUUGCCCAAAACCGACAUCCGUAUUAUCAUGCUGUUUGUUGGAGGGCCGGACGACCGUGAAGCCUUGGCCGUUGCAUGGAGGAUGGCCGGGCAUCCAGGAAUCCAACUAUCAGUUUUUCGAGUUCUCUUGUUCGAUGAAGCCGCAGAGGUGGAUACUACACAUCACAGUGAAGCGCAGGGAAUACUGAAUGCCGUAAUGGAUAGUGAGAAGCAAAAAGAGUUGGAUGAUGAGUACGUGAGUGCGUUUCGGCUCACUGCAGUGAACAAUGACGACUCUAUCUCGUACUCGGAGGUUGAUGUCCAUAAUGGUGAGGAAAUACCUAUGGUACUAAAUAAGCUCGACAAGCUUGCUUGUGACUUGUACAUAGUGGGACAAGGGAAUUGUAGGAGUUCUCGUGUUUUUUCAAGUUUGUUGGAAUGGUGUGAUUGCAUUGAGCUUGGAGUGGUAGGGGAUAUUUUGGCGUCUAACAAUUUUGGGUCGCGGGCUUCUGUGCUGGUUGUGCAACAAUAUGGAUAUGGAGGAAUGGUUUUGGGAAAGAAUUUAAAACAUGCGACUACUAAUAUUGAUGGCUUUGAGACUCUUGUUGUGAAGGCAGAAUGA